UCUUGCUCAAAUAAAAGCUCUCUUAUAUCCUUCUAUAGGAUUCUGCAGCAUGCUCCAGGGCAAUAAAAGGCUGUAAACACAGCAGGCCUUCAUUCAGAGGAAAGGAGGAGCUUCAGCAGAGUACAGCAGAGACAAACCAGGACCGUCUGCUCGGACUAUUUAAGCAAUCACACGGACUGUAUGCACAAAGCAGAGCAAGAUGGCGGUUUUACUCGGCACUUCCAUGACUCCUCUGCUUGGGGUGAGCAUUUUCAUCGCUACCCUCACCUACAUCACCUACAAGCUGCUCAAGGAUUAUGUGCACAAAUGGUACCAGAUGAAGCCGAUCCCUGAGGUGGAGGGGACGUACCCCAUUGUUGGAACAGCUCUGCAGUUUAAAACUAAUGCAGGAGACUUCUUCCGUCAAAUUGAGGAGUAUACCAAAGUGUACUCUACUGAACCACUGCUGAAACUCUGGAUUGGACCAGUCCCUUUUGUCAUUCUGUAUCAUGCUGAAACUGUUGAGCCGAUUGUGUCCAACCCAGCCCACAUGGAGAAAGCUAUUGUAUACAAUUUCCUGCAUCCCUGGCUUGGUACUGGUCUUCUUACAAGCACUGGUCCUAAGUGGCGUCAGCGGAGAAAGAUGUUGACUCCUACCUUCCACUUCACCAUCCUGGCAGACUUCUUAGAAGUGAUGAACGAGCAGGCUGAGAUCCUGGUGCAGAAGCUCGACAAGAAGGCAGGGAAGGGUGCCUUCAACUGCUUCAGUCACAUCACCUUAUGCGCGUUGGACAUUAUCUGUGAAACUGCCAUGGGAAAGAAAAUUUAUGCCCAGAGUAAUUCUGAUUCAGAGUAUGUGAAGAGUGUGUACAAAAUGAGUGACAUCAUCAGCCGCAGACAGAGGAAACCCUGGUUCUGGUCUGAUUUGGUGUACUACUACUUGGGUGAAGGCCGUGAGCACAACAGGGUGCUCAAGAUUCUACACUCUUUUACACUCAAAGUGAUAAAAGAAAGGGCAGAGAACAUCUCCACCAUUGAAUCAGACAGCGACUCUGACAACGGCACAAAGAAAAGACGAGCCUUUCUGGACAUGCUCCUGAAGACCGUGGAUGAUGAGGGCAAUGGGAUGAGCCACCAGGACAUUCAGGAGGAGGUGGACACCUUUAUGUUUGAGGGACAUGACACCACAGCGGCCUCCAUGAACUGGGCCGUGCAUCUGCUGGGCUCCCACCCUGAGGUGCACCGUAAAGUUCAACAAGAGCUGGACGAGGUGUUCGGUACGUCUGACCGGCCUGCCACCUCCGAGGACCUGAAGAAGCUUAAAUACCUGGACUGUGUAAUCAAGGAGGCUCUGAGACUCUACCCCUCUGUGCCUUUCUUUGCCCGCUUCAUCCGUGAAGACUGCCAUAUCAAUGGUUAUAAGGUUCCCAAAGGUGCCAAUGCCGUCAUCAUAACCUACGCUCUCCAUCGUGACCCACGGUACUUCCCCGACCCCGAGGAGUUCAGACCUGACCGCUUCCUGCCUGAGAAUUCAGUGGGCAGACCUCCGUAUGCGUACAUCCCCUUCUCUGCUGGACUUCGUAACUGUAUCGGUCAGAAAUUUGCACUGAUGGAGGAAAAGGUGAUCCUGGCGUCCAUUCUUCGUAACUUUAACGUGGAGGCAUGUCAGACACGUGAGGAGCUGCGACCAGUGGGAGAGCUCAUCCUGCGACCAGAGAGGGGCAUCCUGAUCAAACUGGAGAGGAGGAAGAACAAGUCUACAUAAAAUGUGGAACUCCUUCCUGUCUCCUUCCCUCAUGUCUCUGUUUUUAGUUGCUAAUUUGAACAAUGACUGACGCUGCACUGUUUCCAAAAUAACCCUAGAGGUCAAAGAGAUGCCUUCUGUGUUUGGAUUUUAGAGUUUUCUCAUCAUCUUUGACAUCCUAAUUACAAAAAUAAGCCUCAUAAAAAUAAAGCUAGAUCUAUAUUUAUCUAUCAUUGUUAGUUUUAGACAAAAAGUUACAUGGGGGAAUUAAAUUGCUGUCCAUCACAGACUGUGUGCUGUGUUUGUUGUCCCAUUUUUUGCCACACUCAAAUGGAAGAAACAGAAUGAAGCAUGUUUGAAAUGCUCAAGAUGUUCGAUGUAAAAAACAGAUAUAUUUUACUCUUUGUGCAUACUUUAUGUGAAUGAAAGGCCUUACUUUCUUGGUACAGAGCGACUGUAAAAACAAACACUUUUACAUAU